AUGUCCAGCGGCGAAAGAUCAUCUUCAAUGAUUACUUUAUUUGUGAGUAAUCUACCACCAAACCUCCAUUGGGGUAGUUUACGUUAUGUUUUUGGUAGGCAAGGCGAUGUAGUGGAUUCUUUUAUCGCAAGAAAGGUGGACAGGUUUGGAAACAGAUUUGGUUUCGUGAGAUUUUCCAAUAUAGAAGACGCUUACAGAGCUAUUGAAAGGCUGGAUGGUUUGAAGUUAUAUGGUUUAAGGAUUCAUGUUAAUUUAGCUAGUUUCAAGGGGAGGAAGUCGUACUGGAAGAGGGAAUCCAUCAGACCAGGAGGAUCUCUUAAUCCCGAGGGCUAA